CAAAUAAUCUACACUGAUACAUAAUUUAUUAUAAUAAGUAUUUAAACAUAACGUGAUUAAUUAUUCCGCUGCCGGUAUUCAAAUUAAAUUUAAUAUAAGACGUGUGUAUGAUAUAAAUAAUCCGUACGUGAUACGAUAGAAUAAUAGUUACUAACUUUUAAGGGACAGAUUAUCAAAAAAUUCCAAUUAACCAAUCAUAAGUAAUACACUAAAUUCAAGGUAGAUACUAGCUUAAGUACUUCUUCUUAGAACUUAUUUAGGCGUUGAAAACUUAUAGUAGCACAAAAUAUUGUAUGUGUUAACUAGAUCACUUUAUAAUUAAUUUAUGAAAUAGCUAUAACAUUCAAAUACUGAUUUCUUUUUAUUAAGAAAUACUUAUUCAAGUCAUAAUGAAUAGUUUACAACAGGGAUGGUUUACCGAAUCUGAUACUUGGUGUGGUGCAGGACUUUCUUUGCAAGUGGAAAAAAUAAUUCAUCAAGAAAAAUCUCCUUAUCAAGACAUUAUGAUAUUGCAAACAAAAUCAUUUGGUAAAGCUUUAAUUUUGGACAAUAUAAUCCAAUGCACAGAGUUUGAUGAAUAUUCAUAUCAAGAGAUGAUAUCUUUUUUACCAUUAUGCAGUCAUCCAAAUCCAAAAAAAAUUUUGGUGGUUGGCGGAGGUGAUGGAGGUGUAGCUAGAGAAGCUGCUAAACAUCCAAGUGUAACUAGUAUUGAUGUUGUAGAAAUUGAUGAACGAGUGGUGAAAUUAACAGAAAAAUAUAUGCCAUUUAUGGCAUGUGGGUUUGAAAAUAAAAAAGUCACACUUCAUAUUGAAGAUGGUUUUGAAUUUAUGAAGAAAAAUUUGCAAAAAUUUGAUGUUAUUAUAACAGAUUCAUCUGAUCCAGUUGGUCCUAAUGCGUCAUUAUUUCAAAAAAGUUACAUUGAAUCAAUGAAACAAUCACUUAAACCUGGAGGAAUUAUAUGCUCACAAGUAGGUUCCAUAUGGAUUAAAGAAGAUCAAAGUACUAUGAUGAGACUAUCCAAAGAUUGUUCAGGUGUAUUUACAAAAAUUGCAUUAGCUACCAUAUCAAUCCCAUCAUAUCCUACUGGCAAUAUUAGUUUUUUGUUGGCUACUAAUAAUGAGGAAGUAAAUUUUAGAACACCUAUUCACAAGUUCACCACAGAUGAAAUGGAUCAACAUAAAUUGAAACAUUACACUCCAGAGUUACAUUCAGCUUCAUUUUGUAUUCCUAGAUUUACUCAAAUUUCUAUGCCUUACCUAACAUGCUAGCUUUUUUUAAUUAUAAGUUUUUUAUUAAUAAAGUAACUAGUUGACUGUUAAAUUUAAAA